UACUUGUGAUUUAAAUUCAACCAAUGGCAUGUGAAAGAAUUUAGCUGAUGGAAACUGCAUGAAGCCUAAGUGUCAUCAUCAUCAUCAUCAUUUUAACAUCCACUUUUCCAUACUUGUAUGGAUUGGACAGAGUUUAGCUUAUUGUAAGCUGCCAUAAUGCAAGCUGAAGUUCAAAAGUCUCAAACCUGUUGGGUAUGAUGGAGAUGCUGCAAAAAUUCCUGGUUUUGGGUGAAAGAAAAUAGAGGAGGAUCAGCUUACCAUAAACAGGAAAACUAAUCAACAGGGAAACAGACAUCCACCAUGGGCCGUUCACGCUCCCGGUCACAGGAGAGGCGUUGGUACAGCUACAGUUACAGCCACAGCCGUAGUCGGAGUCGCAGCCCUUCAGAAGACGGAGUCCGGGUCCACGUGGCUGACUUGGGCGAGGAUCCCUCAAAGAGGGAGCUGGAGUGCGUGUUUGAGAAGUUUGGCAAGCUGCUGGAGGUGUGGGUGGCCAAGAGCCCCCCUUGCUUUGCCUUCAUCGUUUAUAAAUAUCGCGAAGAUGCUGAUGCAGCCAUCAAAGAGAUGGAUGGCAAAUUGUUGAGUGGUGGUCGGAUCCGCGUCUCAUUGGCACGGCCCCGCACAAGGGGGAGGCGCCGGCGUGUGUUUGACCCCAACCUACGUUGCUACCAGUGCGGACGCAAGGGACACUUCUUCCGUGACUGUGACGACUCCAGACGCUACCCCAGACGCCGCUACGUCAGCAGGUCUUCCUCUCGUUCCUACUCGAGGUCAAGAUCUCGAUCCCGUGGCCGACGUCCGAAGAACGACAAAUACAGAAACCGAGGAAGGUAGAGGGACAUUACGUUAUUUUUAACAAUGCACGUGUAUGUUUGCCAAGUGAGCCAAAUCAAAUGCCUUGUGUCUGUUGUCAUAAGCUGCAAGUCCUCCUUUCACUGUUUGAGGAAGUAAAACCACUUGCUCUUAGAGUUUCUUGGGUCAAUGCAAAAAUCUAGUCUUUCGUUGACUUCUUGGAGAACUCUUUCUUGUGUGUCGACAGCUUCACUUAUGUCAGAAGCAUCAGCCUUUUGAGUCUGAAGUCUUGGAAAGACUUGGAUGUGUUGUGGACUUUCUGGACAGGGGUGUGUGGCCCUGCUGAUAUCUGAGCAGGAGGACAAAUGUUCGGGUCCCUAGGUCACUGAUCCUCCUUUGUCUGUAGUUGGGAGACUUGGACAAUCCAGGGCCUUUAGGAAGGUCCUUUGGGAUCUGGACUCUCAGCAGGAUUAUGGGUUCCCAUUGGUCGGAUUUUGUACCCAACCAACGACUCUACUGAGACACUGGGAGGCAGACUGUUUGGCCCAGAGGGAUCCUGCUUACUGUGUUCUCACCUCUGAUUCGCAAGUGGCUGAGUAUUCCACAGACACAUGUACCCUUAACGUAGUUCUCGGGGACAUUCAGCGUGACACAGAGUGUGACAAGGCUGACCCUUUGAAUUACAGGCACAACAGAAACAGGAAGUAAGAGCGAGAGAAAGUUGUGGUGGAAGAGUACAGCAGGGAUCGCCACCGUCCCCUGCCGGAGCCUCCUGGGGCUUUAAGGUGUUUUCGCUCAAUAAACACUCACAACGGCCGGUCUGGGAAUCGAAACUGCGAUCCUAUGACCGCGAGUCCGCUGCCCU